AUGUGUUGCAACUACUGCAGAAACUCCUGUGGGUACUGUGGAUAUGGCUCUGGCUGGAGUUCCGGCUGUGGAUAUGGUUGUGGCUAUGGCUGUGGAUACGGCUCUGGCUGUAGAUAUCGCUCUGGAUAUGGAUUUGGCUCUCGCUAUGGCUGUGGAUACAGCUCUAGCUGCUGUGACUACCAACCACUUUGCUACAGAAGAUGCUAUUCCUCUUGCUACUAA